AUGGUGAACUCCUGCGAUGGAGUUUCUCUUCAGCCUCUUCUUCGCAUGGCGAGCUGCGCAGCUGCCGCGCAGCUGGCGCGUGCGGAGCGGAUAGACAUCCAACGAGAUCUCGCUGAUCUUGCUUUAGCAGCUGCGGAAUGUGUGGAGCACGCGCCAGCAGGCACGGCGUUGAUGCAGUGCGUGGCCCAGCGGAGUCCAGGGCCCAAUUGGUGGCUGCCGAAGUCCAUGUAUGACGAGGCGCUGCGCAACGCCAGUUGCACCGCCGCCUCUGGCAGCAUCCCCCUGCAAGUGGAGCAGCCUUGCACCAGUUGCGGAGAAGACAAGACGGAGAAGUCCACCGUCGAGAUCUACCGGCCGCCGCCGGAUCCAGUGGUCCUCUGGAAGCGCUUCGCAUCGCCCCAUGAAUGCGACGCGUUGCUAGAGCUGGCCGGCGGCCUGCCACACCUUCCUGCCUUGGCUGCGGGAGCGCCACAAGGCACCAUCAGGAGGUCAUUGAGCAAAGCUUUGCACUGGGACCACCACCCCCAACUCGCAGCCUUCCAAGCAAGGAUGCUGGCGGCCGCGCAGAACUGGACCGGAGAAGACCGUUUGGAUCCGUCCGUCCUGGCCAUUGGAGAGCCGAUGAACCUGGCGGCGUAUUUGAAUCCAGGCGACGAGUACCGCAGCCACUGCGACGGACGCUGCGGCGCACGGCCGAGCGCGCAGGAUCGGAUCGCGACCAGCAUCAUCUACUGCCAAGUGGCCGACGAAGGUGGUCAUACCACCUUCUCGAAUGGUCAUUUGAAGAUCGUGCCAGAGCAAGGCGACAUGUUGAUCUUUGGAUACCUGGUGGAUGGGCGAAUCAGCUUAGAGGAGCACAGCGCGUGCCCUGUGCGACGUGGGCAGAAGUGGAUUGCCACCCAAUGGUAUCGAGCAGCGGGGAGCUACGCGACCGCCGCCAGAGCCGCCGAAGCGGAAUUCUGCGCGGAAUCGGAGAAAAGGAUCGAUGGUGACGGUCGCGCUGAACGCGCGGUUUCGUGUUAA